AAGUAUAGUUCUUGUCAUUCCAACUUCUUUUGACAACGGUCAGCCGCACGCGAAUAUUGCACAAGUGAUUUCAAUUAGGUGUGAAAAAGUUGAAUAAAAAAUUAAUAAAAAUGUUUGGAGGACAACAACCUAUACUUGUGUUAAGCCAAAACACAAAGCGUGAAUCGGGUCGCAAGGUGCAGCUGGAGAAUAUCAAUGCCGGAAAGGCUAUUGCUGAUGUUAUACGCACCUGCCUAGGUCCACAGGCUAUGUUAAAAAUGCUUAUGGAUCCCAUGGGAGGCAUCGUAAUGACAAAUGACGGUAAUGCCAUCUUACGUGAAAUUACGGUUCAGCAUCCAGCUGCUAAGAGCAUGAUUGAAAUUGCCCGUACACAAGACGAAGAGGUGGGCGAUGGUACAACUUCUGUAAUUGUAUUGGCUGGUGAGAUGCUAGCUGCUGCUGAGCAAUUUUUGCAGCAACAGAUUCAUCCUACUGUCAUAAUUCGUGCGUAUCGUGAGGCAUUGGAAGAUAUCAUUAAGCACUUACAAACGGACCUGAGUGUUCCACUGGACGUAAAUAACAAGGAUAAAAUGGCUGAAGUUGUUAAGACAUGCGUGGGCACAAAAUUUAUUGGAAAGUGGUCUGAUUUAGCUGUAAAAAUCGCGCUGGACGCCGUUGGUACUGUUGCGUUAAAUGAAAAUGGCCGGCUAGAGGUUGACAUUAAGCGAUACGCCAAAGUUGAGAAAAUUCCAGGUGGCAGUAUCGAUGAGUCAUGUGUACUUAAAGGUGUCAUGAUCAACAAAGACGUUACACAUCCCAAGAUGCGUCGUUACAUUGAAAAUCCACGCAUUGUGCUGUUGGAUUGCUCACUUGAGUACAAGAAAGGCGAAUCUCAGACAAACGUCGAGAUCAUUGGUGAGCAGGAUUUCACACGCAUGCUCCAAAUAGAAGAAGAGUUUGUACAACGUAUCUGCGCUGACAUCAUUGCUGUCAAACCAGACAUUGUGUUCACGGAAAAGGGUGUGUCCGACUUGGCGCAGCACUACUUGUUAAAGGCCGGCAUUACUGCUAUACGCCGUUUGCGCAAAACAGACAAUCUGCGUAUUGCACGUGCUUGUGGAGCUACAAUUGUGAACCGCACAGAAGAAUUGACGGAGAAAGAUGUCGGUACUGGCGCCGGACUUUUUGAGAUCAAGAAGUUUGGAGAUGAAUAUUUCACAUUUAUAACCAACUGCAAAGAUCCGAAGGCGUGUACUAUUCUGCUGCGCGGUGCUUCAAAAGAUAUUUUAAAUGAAACAGAACGUAAUCUGCAAGAUGCACUUCAUGUAGCUCGUAAUUUGAUUAUAGAGCCUCGUUUGGUAGCUGGAGGUGGUGCCAUCGAAAUGGCUGUAUCACAAUUGCUAUCGCGUAAACAGCUCAAAGGCCCGUACACCGCUGUGGCACAUGCUUUGGAAAUCAUACCUCGAACUCUGGCACAGAACUGUGGUGCUAAUACCAUACGUACUUUAACCGCUCUGCGUGCAAAACAUGCUUCCCAUUCAGGUGAUGCUGUUUGCGCUUGGGGUAUCGAUGGUGAAUCCGGUGAAAUUGUUGAUAUGAAUGUAAAAGGUAUUUGGGAGCCAUUGGCUGUGAAACUGCAGACUUAUAAGACAGCUGUGGAGACUGCAAUUUUGCUGCUGCGUAUUGACGAUAUUGUCUCCGGUUCAAAAAAGAGAGGAGAUGAUAUUGUGAACCCCGCCGCCGCUGCACAGGGCCAAGAAUAAAGUGAAGAACAAAGGAAUAAGUCUUUAAAUCGUAUUACAACUUCAAUAUCGCAAACAUUUAAUAUAUAACGGAAACAACAUUUCAUUUGCUUGGAACAAUA